ACAAAACAAGCAACUGCCCCUUCACGGGCUCAUACACAACACUGCAACCUUCCAUUUCCCUCAUGAGUCACUCAUUUCCCUUCCGUCUCUUCUCUUCCUCCUAACGUUAAAACUGUCCACCCAACGGCUCUGCUCUCUCUCUCUCUCUCUCUUCCCUUGGACUUCCAUCCAUCAUAACUCAUCUCCUCUGUACCCAUCUCUCUCCUUCUUCCUUCCCUUGCCUUCCCUUCUCACUGCCUGCACGACUUUUGAUGCUCCUCUCCAACGGCUACUUAAUUACUUUCGCUUGUGCUUUAGCAGUUGGGCAUGUGGCGAACGCAAGCCGGACAGCCAGCCAUCUGGUAAAAUGCUUAGGUUUCUAUAAAACGGGGUGCGGAAGGGCAGCAGCGACUUGGCUUCGCCCCCCAAGAUCUGAAUGAGAUCUAAGUUGGAGCAAAAGAGCUGCUGGGUCAGUCAGUCAACCAAGUCGCGGGCCAAUCAUUGGACUUGGACUCCCCCCUUCUUCUUUCUCUCCUUGUCCUUCUCCUUGGCGCCGUUAAAAAUGGUGGUGAGAGAGGUUUAAUUAGACUGGAGAUUCUACCCAGCCCAUUAUUAACUCCAUUGUCCAUUGCCAUCAUUAUUGAUACGGUUCCUGAGCUUAGACCUUGCUAUUUAUUGCGUCUGCAUCGUGUUGUGCCGCUGCCUUCUUCAUUUAGCGUUACCCUCUUCAUGGAUCUCCGUCGCCCAUGUCUUCUUCUUCUUCUUCUUUUUCUAGUGCUGCAUUGUUGCAGGGCUCAGCCUUCCCCUGGUUACUUCCCCAGCUACCGGUACCGGCCGCUCAGGGGCUUCAAUCGCGGCUUCAACAAUCUCUGGGGCCCCGAGCACCAGAUCGUCACCUGCGACCAGCGCUCCGUCACGAUUUGGCUCGACAGCCACUCGGGGAGCGGCUUCAAAUCCAGGGGAAGGCUGGAGAGAUCUAAGUUGGAGCAAAAGAGCUGCUGGGUCAGUCAGUCAACCAAGUCGCGGGCCAAUCAUUGGACUUGGACUCCCCCUUUCUUCUUUCUCUCCUUGUUCUUCUCCUUGGCGCCGUUAAAAAUGGUGGUGAGAGAGGUUUAAUUAGACUGGAGAUUCUACCCAGCCCAUUAUUAACUCCAUUGUCCAUUGCCAUCAUUAUUGAUACGGUUCCUGAGCUUAGACCUUGCUAUUUAUUGCGUCUGCAUCGUGUUGUGCCGCUGCCUUCUUCAUUUAGCGUUACCCUCUUCAUGGAUCUCCGUCGCCCAUGUCUUCUUCUUCUUCUUCUUUUUCUAGUGCUGCAUUGUUGCAGGGCUCAGCCUUCCCCUGGUUACUUCCCCAGCUACCGGUACCGGCCGCUCAGGGGCUUCAAUCGCGGCUUCAACAAUCUCUGGGGCCCCGAGCACCAGAUCGUCACCGGCGACCAGCGCUCCGUCACGAUUUGGCUCGACAGCCACUCGGGGAGCGGCUUCAAAUCCAUCAAGCCAUUCCGGAAUGGGUAUUUUAGCGCGUCGAUUAAGCUCCAACCUGGGUACACCGCCGGAGUGAACACCGCCUUUUACCUCUCGAACAACCAAGUGCAUCCCGGGUUCCACGACGAGGUGGACAUCGAGUUCCUGGGGACGACGCCCGGAAAGCCGUACACGCUGCAGACAAACGUGUACGUGAGAGGCAGCGGCGAUCGCCGGAUCAUCGGCAGGGAGAUGAAGUUCCACCUCUGGUUCGAUCCCACUGCCGGCUUCCACAACUACGCCAUUCUCUGGAAUCCAACUGAGAUCAUAUUCUUCGUCGACGACCUACCCAUCCGCCGGUACCCGCGAAGAAACGCCGGGACGUACCCGCUGAGGCCGAUGUGGCUGUACGGGUCGAUUUGGGACGCGUCCUCGUGGGCGACGGAGGACGGCAAGUACAAGGCCGACUACCGGUACCAGCCGUUCGUGGCGCGGUUCACCCGGUUCACCGUCCACGGCUGCUCCGCCUUCGCGCCGCCUCGCUGUCACCCGGUGCCGCCGUCGGGGUACGGCGCAGGGCUGAGCCGGCAGCAGAGCGCGGCCAUGCAAUGGGCUCAGAGGAACUACAUGGUCUACAACUACUGCAGCGAUCCAAAGAGGGAUCAUUCCCUAACUCCUGAGUGCUGGUCCUGAAGACGAAUCAUGCAACCCUUAUCCUUAUCAUAAAUAUUAUUAUCAUCAGCUUCAAGAUAUCAUGAUCGAUGAGGCGAUAAAUAAAAAAAAAAUGGAGAGAGAAAUCAAAAAGCUGCAGGGAAGCAAGAGAUAAGGCGAUGACGAUCGAGUAUAAUGUCGGCUUCUUGUCUCUCUUGUCAUUUCUCAGUGUUUGGAAGCGAAAAUGGUGCUGGUAUUUUGAUGGUGCAUGACCAAUGACAAGACUUGGCUGUUGACUUGGAAUUGCAAUUGUGUUUUGGGCAAAAUUUUUGCGUUAUUUUUUUUUUCCGGAUGUUGUGUUUUUGUCGAUCGAUCAGUAGGGAGGAACAUGAUUGCAUUAACAUGAACAGAGUACGACCUUUUGCAGAAGUUUUAAAAGGGCCGGAUCGAUCUUGCGAGCCCAUUAAUGGCCUAAUAAAUGUUUCCCAAUUCGCCGUCUCGUGUCGGCUUCUGCGAUUUUGGAGCUCUCUCGGCACCUGUGACCAGGCUGCGAGUUGGCACCGGCGGAGAGGAAUCGGAAGGAACUUGCUGUUGCUGUCCGAUCCGUCGUUGACCGGAGUACAGGGAGGAUGAUUGGCUUCGGAUAUUUAAUGUACUAUGUAGGGACAUCUACUGAACAAAGAAGAAAACCAAUCCAGUCUGUCGAAGAUUUUCCAUCGAGCCUUGAUACAUCCUUCAGCAGAGGCCCCCAAGAGAGCUGCAGUACACUAUCUCCCAACGCAACACCUAUCAACAAGUACCAACUUCAACUUGUUUCUUUAGCUGCAAAGACAAGGAAUCGAGGGAUAGAGGAAACAAAGGUACCUCCAAACUUGAGCUUCAAUUCUCCUACUUUAAUGGCUUUAUGGAUAGCUAAACCAACAGUGGCAGCAAACUUCCCUCCAUAAGACUCUGCCACAAUAAAGAGCGGGCUCUUCUGCCAUGUUUCGUUGCCAUUGUAGAGGCUCUUGAGAAGCGUCGUCAAAUCCGUGGCCGCCGCCACGUCGCUCUUCACAAGAAGGCUCUCGUCCUCCACGAAGCUGAACCCUGUACCCACGGGAUUGUCC